AUUUAAAAGGAAUUUGUUCUUACUUGGAAGGGGCAUUAUGGUCCAUACAUAAAGUUUAUGAGAGGCGGGACCCACAGAAGAAGGGAUAGCGGUGGAAUUUCAAGAAAGAAUUUGAAUUCAUGGCAGCCGAGGCGCUGCCCAAAUCCAAAUCCCCGGAAAAGGAAAGACCCCCCCCUUAUCAAAAACACCCCUUCAAAAUUCAAACCCAUCAAAAGCCCUAAAUCCUUCUCUCUUCUUCUUCUUCUUCCUCCCCUUGAUCCCCACAGAUUCAUCACCAUCUUCUUUCAUCUCUGCUCAGACAUACAAUCUCUACGCCAUGAAAGCAACCCCAGAAGCUCACAGGUCUUUUGUGGGCAAAAGUUUUAGUCCAAUGCUAAGGAGGGAGCUUGCUAAUCUAGAUAAAGAUGCUGAUAGUCGCAGAACUGCAAUGAAAGCAUUGAAGACUUAUGUGAAGGAAUUGGAUUCCAAGGCUAUUCCUGUUUUUCUUGCUCAAGUUUCUGAGAAUAAAGAAACUGGUGCAUUAACUGGGGAGUGUACUAUUUCCCUCUAUGAAGUUCUUGCUCGUGUUCAUGGCGUUAAUAUCGUGCCGCAGAUCGAUCGGAUUAUGACUUCUAUUAUCAAAACUUUGGCUUCAAGUGCUGGCUCUUUCCCUCUUCAACAGGCCUGUUCUAAAGUUGUACCAGCCAUUGCUAGAUAUGGGAUUGAUCCAACCACUCCUGAUGAUAAGAAGACUUAUGUUAUUCAUUCUCUUUGUAAUCCACUUUCUGAAUCUUUGUUGGGUUCUCAAGAGAGCCUCACUGCUGGGGCUGCCCUCUGCUUGAAGGCUCUGGUGGAUUCGGAUAAUUGGCGGUUCGCUUCGGACGAGAUGGUUAAUAAGGUGUGCCAGAAUGUGGCUGGAGCUUUGGAGGAGAAGUUUACUCAAACCAAUUCACACAUGGGGCUUGUUAUGACACUAGCUAAGCGGAAUCCUCGGAUUGUCGAACCGUAUGCUAGAUUGUUGCUACAGGCCGGGCUGCAAAUAUUGAAAUCUGGGAUGGUGGAGAAGAAUUCUCAGAAAAGAUUGUCCUCCAUUCAAAUGAUUAAUUUCUUGAUGAAGUGUUUAGAUCCUUGGAGUAUAUUUUCUGAGCUACAGACUAUAAUUGAGGAGAUGGAGAAUUGUCAAUCUGAUCAAAUGGCUUAUGUCAAAGGUGCAGCUUUUGAAACCCUGCAAACAGCAAGGAGAAUAGCAGCGGAUGAAGGGUCUAAAAUGGGCAAAUCACCAAGCUCGGUUACUGGAUCGAACUUCAUUGACCGCAGGAGAAGUCCAUGGAGGAAUGGUGGAAGCCGAACGCCCUCGUCCGAGUCUCCAGAAUCCCAAACUCAUGAUUCAUUCUUCGAUUACGGGUCGCUUGAUGGAUCGCCCUUUUCAUCUAAACAAGCUUCUCUGAAUUCUGGAUUUGACCGUAGGAGUAUGAACCGUAAACUCUGGAGAUAUGAGAAUGGUGGGGUUGAUAUAUCCCUCAAGGAUGGCUUGUCCUUGUUCUCGGACAUCGCUCGUGGAACCGACGUCUCCGACACCAUGUCUCUGCACUCUGAAAGUCAUAAAUUUGAUCAUCAUGGUGAAGAAUAUGCAGAUGAAUUUGCAGGGUUCUUUCAAAUGAGUCCUCCUAGACACAGACUAUCAAGAAGCACUACAACCAGCCCUGUUAGGUCUCGUAGCUGCAUAAACGUUGAAGAUAUGAUCUUCAAAACUCCUCGGAAGCUCGUCCACUCUCUUCAAGACCUAAACGACGCAAACUCAGACUAUGCUAGCAAAAGCUGCAAAUUGAGGCAAAGGAGUUUGUCAUUAGGCAAUCUGGAGUGGAGUCCAAGAUCAUGUCAUAAUCAAAAUGGGUCCCCAGAUUAUCAGAAACUUAGCAAAGACGACAGCAGCUCAGACAACGACAACAACAACAACAACGACAAUGACAAUGAUGAAAAAUCACCAGGUGGUUCUGAAUCAGUCUCUUCAACUGGUGGUGUUCCUGUCCAAGCUAUGCCAGUGGUGGUGGCUCAACAUAGCAAGAUCAAAACUCAAUACUCAGGCAUUGAGAUGGCAUAUAAGAAGACUGCUUUGAAACUGGUCUGUGGCUUCUCAUUUUUGCUCUUCACAAUAUUUACUUCAUUGCUCUGGAUCAACGAGCAGGAUCAAGGUACCUAUCUUGUACCAACAUAA